AUGGUGCUGGAUUUAAACUUCUCCCGUUACGAUAACACGACUCCGUUUGGAUUUAAGCUCGUCGGUGGAGCAGACUUCGAUGUCCCUUUGACGGUGGUUAAAAUCCUACCCGGAAGCAUCGCCGAAGAUGCCGGCAUGCACAUCGGUGAUGUGGUGGUACGCAUCAAUGACAUACCCACGGGCAACAUGUCCUAUUACGAUGCGCACCAGCUGUUGGCCUGCGCCGGCAACCAGUUUGUGCUCGGUAUCUUAAGGGCACGCGAGGUAACACCGUCCCAACGACUCAUCAAGGAGAAAACGCCAACGGGCGAGGUGGAGUACAUCAACACCUCGCCGAAGCCGUUCUGGACGCCGAAUGUCGGAAGCCCAUGCCCGCUGAGACAAUCGAAGGAAGAACGCCAGCUCGACGAACAGGUCCCCGAGGUACCGAUCACCGACGAGCAGAUCGCCGAGAUCCUCUCGGGUGAAGCCGAAGUGCUGAAGCAACACAACGUAAUCGGCGUGAACUUUAACAAGAUGAUCCCCAAGGCGGGUGUGUUCAAGCAGAGCGAAGUGUUCAAGACGCUCAACAGCGAGCUGGUGCAGGGCGAGGAGGAGGACAAGAAGUGGACCACCUUCCUGCAGAGGCCAUCGCGACCGCCCCCGAAGACGCCCGAGGAGAGGAAGCUCGAACGGAAUCCCCCGACCGAGCGCUACCAGGUACGAAUUGUGAAGCAACCGAAACCGAAAAUUGCCCCCGACUACAAGCCACCCAAGUCACCGGAACCCGAACCGGAACCGGAACCGAUACCGAUGUACGACGAGUACCUGAACGAACGCCAGGAGGUGGAGGUGGAAACGAUCAAGACGCUCGUGGAGGAGCCGAUCGAACCGCAGACAGGUGACGCUGAGGGUAGCGCACAGCCCGAGGCAACCGACCCGAGCGAAGAGGAACCGACGGAGGAGUUCCGCGAACAGUUGCAGAAUGUGCAAAAACAGCUGGAAGCGUUGUCUGCGUUGCCGAACACGAUCCAGGCCACGAUAGCUGCCCUGACCGAACAGCUAGCGGUGCUGGCGGCACCGAAAAGGAAAUCCAAGAGUAUCUCACCCCGACCGGAAGAAGCGGAAGCGAAGGAGGGUGAGGCCACCGAACAGUCGGCACCGGACGCCAUCGUGCCCGAUGUGUCCGAGACGUUCGAGGUGACCGAGUUUAGCAGGGCGGACAGCAGCGGUGGCGAUCAGUCCUCAUCCGUUGACGAAGGCGAACACAUCCAGUACACGGAGGAAGAGCUCGAACAGCUAGAGAAAAGGAUGAAGGAACACGACAUUGAGUGGACCAACCAGAACGAUAAGGAUUCCGAUAGCUCCAGCCAAAACAAUGCCGGCGGCGACCUGCGCACCGCCGUCCAGGACGAGCUGAGGCUACAGGUGGUGAAGAAGAAGAAGAAGACGGUCAGUGCGUUCGGGCCGCUGACGCCCCAGGAGCGUCCCAUCUUUCUGCCCGGUGGGCGCAAAUGGCGCACGGCGAAGGACGCAUUCAACGAGCAGUUCAUCGCGGAGGUGAUCAGCUCGCAGGCGGAACUGAUCCAGGGCACCACGCUUGGCAACUUCUACGAAAGUCCUCAUCUCGGUUACGACGACAGGGUCAACUUCCUCAAGUACCAGAAACCCGAGAAGGACCUCAGCUUCAUCAAGAACAGCGACGUCUACAAGCUGGUACACGACAUGGAUCCCCCGAAGAGUGGCAUCGAGCUGCGCCCGGAGAUGGUAGUAGCCGAAGAAGAUGUGCGAAAGGUAAUGAAAGACGAAACCAUUUUCCAGCCUCGCAAGUCGAAGGUUUUCCUCUAUCAAAAUUGA